AUGGGGUCAGACGUCCAAGGUGCCCAAUACACCUCAAUGCCCAAUCGAGCCGGUGGCCACUGCCACAACCGAAAAGGUGUGGGUGUGGUUCAGGCCGAAACCCCAGAAAAGCGAGAAGAGUUGUUCAUCCAAAAGUUGCGCCAGUGCUGCGUGGUGUUUGACUUCGCUCCAGACACUUUGAGUGAUUUGCGGGAUAAAGAAGUUAAACGAGCAGCCUUACACGAGUUAACUGAGUAUCUAGUGGACAAUCCCAACGCAAUCACCGAUGCCAUGUACCCUGAAGUGGUGCGAAUGAUUGAGGCCAAUUUGUUUCGCACUCUACCUCCACCGAGCAACCCUUCUGGAGCUGAAUUUGACCCAGAAGAAGACGAACCCACAUUGGAAGCAGCCUGGCCUCAUUUGCAGGUGAUCUGUCCUUUUGUCCAACUUGUGAUUUCCAUUUCGUAG